AUGGCGCUCUGUAGAACAGACUUGAUGAACCUCCUGGAGUUGUACACACCGUCUGAUAUCAUCAAAGACUCAAACUUGCUUUCCUCUUUUCGUCGGUUCUUCCAACGAGGAACUCGUCUCGAGUGUUGUGAGCUUUUACCAGAAAGCUUCAGGCCUCAGAGCAAAUUUACAUGCGUUCAGGAUCCCCUGACCCCGUGCCAAGCCUCCAUUGGAGCUACGUCACAAUCACACUCGCCAUGUCAUGCUCGCUUAUCAGAGAAAGCCACCAAGCCUCGUAAGGUUGCCGACGUGCGUUUAAGCGAUGGUACCAAACUGCGAAGAUCUUCAAAACCCUCGAAGCUGUAUUUCGAAGCUCUCAAAAUAUCCCAAAAGCGCAAAGACAGACUCUGUAGGGUCGCUGAACGUAUUGCUAAAAUCGAAGCACAUAGAGACUAUAGUGGAAUCGAGCCAUUUCGAUCUCCUACCCCGAAAGAUUCUUUUGAGACAGCAAAAAGAAUGUACCAGGAACUAGCAGGUCCUUCGCGAGAAAACGUUGCCAUAUCGCAUCGCAUCUACUAUCUCUACUUCGCUGAUGCAGUGGAUCGGUGUGAAAUAUCGCUUUCAGGUUCUUCUGUGGGACGAAGCAUGAAAUCGCUCGCUCUUGACAAGCUUGCCAAGGACCUCAAUGUCGAGCGGCCAAGUGUAGCUAGCAUGUACACAAUAGGCUGCAAAUACCUUACUUGCAUGGAGGCAGGAGGUCCGGGUUCUUUGUUUUCUAUUGAUGGCGCCAAGUCUGAUAUGGAAAAAUGUAAUGACGAAGAUUUUAGAAUGCUGUUCGAGUAUCGAAAGAAUAUCACUCCAGAUCUAGAACAGCAAUCGAGGAUCCUCGACUUUGGGAUCGUACAAGAUCUUAUUUGCGGUCUUCAAGCUCAAGGUGUGGACAAUGCCGAUAUUGCGGGAGGCCGUACAAGAUUGAUAAGGAUGAUUCACAAAUACGUCAACACUGGAAUCUUCCUCCGUCAUGGCAAGAUAGUCCCAAAAGAACACCGUGGAGACGGGGACUAUAGUGACGUGGGCGAUAACUCCAUCCAUGACAAUCCGUCAAAAUCACCGCCGACACAAGAACAUACAGAUACCGACAGACAGAUGGGUACCUUUUCCAGUCUCACACCCAGUAUGCAUCAAGUAACCUAUCAUCAACUUGUCGAGAUUAGUCCAGCAGAUGUCGCUGUACCGAUAGACGAUUCUCAGAUUAUUGAUCCAAUCUAUGUCAAUCAAUCUAUGGAGGCGCAUACAUAUGAAAAAAACAUAGAGAGAUCCAUCAAACGCUGCAAACAAGACGAAACCCAUCCAGGUCUUGAAAUAACCAAAGCAGCUGUUGCUUUAAAAUCUAUGUCACCACCAACAGAAUUCCAGCAAGGAAGUACUAGUUUGAACGAUUCCGAUUGUUCUACAGACAUAGAAGAAUGGUUACAAGAAUUUGGAAACAUAGAUCCGUCGAAUGGAAUGCAAUACGUCGUUCGAUUGCUUGGGCAGUGGUAG